CCAUUGUGUUUAAGGAAGCAUCUGAUGCCUCGUGCUUCUAUCAGUUUUACGUGUUUACUAUUUAAUCUAGGAUUUGCUGCACGUCCUUAUUAUCCAGGACCAGGAAGAUUUAAGAGGGGGGAAAAAUCAUUUCAUCCCUGUCUUGCUGUUUGAAAAAACACUGAUGGAAAAAGGAUUCCUGCAACAGGGUACGGCUCCACCCUAUCCUGGCCCUCCAGUGAAUUAUAAUUGUCCUGGGCCUGAGGCAGGGAUGUUCGCUCAACCAGGCUUUUACGCUCCACCAGGGUUCCCCCCUCAGCAAGGCCCCUCUGCUCCACCAGCCUACUCCACUCAACCAGGCUUCCCUCCUCAGCAAAACUUCUCCGCUCAGCAAGGCUAUCUGACUCAACCAGGCUAUUCCCCUGUCCCUGCUGGAUACCCAGGAGCUGCUUUUGCUCCUGUGGCAGCUGCACCAGUAGUGUCUCAACGUGUGGUAAUGUCACCUAUGCUGUCAGACGUCCCUGGACAGACUGUAUGUCCUCACUGCCAGCGAACUGUGGUCACCCAAACAAUGCACACAACAGGAUUGUUGACCUGGGCUGUUUGUGGAGGGUUGGCCAUCCUUGGAAAGGUGGGCUUUUCAAAGAUGGAAAAAGGACCCCAGGAUGCAGCUCCACCCUACCCUGGCCCUCCCAUGAAUUAUGGCGGUACUGCACCUCAGCCAGGGAUGUAUGCUCAACCAGGCUUCGCCGCUCAACCAGGCUUCCCCGCUCAACCAGGCUUCGCUGCUCAACCAGGCUUCCCUGCUGGAUACCAGGGAGGUGUUGCUUUUGCUCCUGCAACAACUGUACCAGCAGUGACUCACGUGGUAGUAACACCUAACCUAACAGACAUCCCUGGACAGACGGUGUGCCCUCACUGCCAACAAUCUGUGCUCACCCACACAGAGCACAACCCGGGAUUGUUGACCUGGGCUAUUUGCGGAGGGCUGACCCUCUUGGGGUGCUGGCUGUGCUGCUGUAUCCCGUUCUGCGUUGACUCAUGUAAAGAUGUGGAGCACCGCUGUCCAAACUGCCAACACGUUAUCUACAUAUACAAACGGAUGUGAAGCCAGUCCUACAAGGAAUGUAAGACGAAAGUCACCACUUUCGUCUUACUUAACUUCAUAAAGAAAUUAAUAAAUAUGCAAGUGAAAUCCAAGGAAAUAUGAAUUGCACUGGUGUGUGUGAUCAGUAAUUUUGAAAGAAAUUAGGAUUUACGCAAGCAGAGGAAAUUUUAAUAAAUUAACUUUUAAUUUCACAAUAAAAGCAAUUAUUUGCUUUCUUUCAUUUU